ACCGCUCCGUAGUUGAUGAUCAGUCUUCGUCGGUUGCUUGGACGGAUCGGAAGUGAAUGUGUCGUGCGAUAAAAGCCCCCGCCACAAAAACGCAGAGUUUACACCUCCAUGCACACGCAGACCGGGGAUUGCAUUGCGCGAGCGAAACAGCGAUCGUUGAAAAACAAGUUAUAUGUUUUGCAUCAAACAGAGUGACACAAAACUAAACUGUUUGGAGUGAUUGAAUCGGCAUUUUUUAAAACCGUGAUUCUGAAUCCGUUCAAUCAACCAUAAAAGGAUUUAUGUUUAACGUGGAGCAAAAACAACAAGUAUAGCACCAAAAAAAGUGUUUUGUGCAGGCCGAUGUAAUAAUAUUUCAAGUGAAAGCAACAUGUGAAAGCAGAUAUUCGCCUCUUUGCGUUUACCACCUCCGUUGGAUGUGAAAAAAGAAACAGUUGUUUAGAUUUUGCGCCGAGCUUUUAUUCACUUGCUCAACUGUUGCCGUUGCAUCGUAUCUAUCCCUUUCGCGCAUCGAACUGAAAUAAGUUUCAGCGAAAAUUUGGAUAGUCGGAGGAUAAAAAAUAUUAUCGCUGACAGUUUCCCAACCUUAUACGUAACUGCAUCCCAAGUAGGGUACAUGAAAGUGCGACCGUGUUACGUACAUAAAUGAAAGGCUCCACGCGCAGAGUAACGCGUCGAUCGAAUUCAUCCGAAGUAACCACGGCAGCCGCUGCACCACCGAAGAAGACAUCCCGGACUGUCCAAGUCUGUUCGCGUAAAUGAUGUUAUUGGCGAGAGCUUUGCUGGUCUGCUGUUUCACGAUUUUCGCUGAACUCAGUUUGAUUGAAGCUUUACAGAACAACGAGUUCAUCAACGAUCUGCUGGAGGAACGACGGCACUACGAAGCGGCACAGAAAUCGAUUGCCGAGUGGAAAAGCACACUAGCUAGGAACAGGAAAAAACGGGCAGACAAAGUGGUCUGCUAUGGAGAGUUGGGAUGUUUUGAGGAAACCGCAUAUCUGGAGAUGCUUCCAUCGUCGCCGGAGGAAAUCAACACGAAAUUCUACGUCUAUUCAGCCAAGCAAAGGAGCGAAAAACCUAUUUUGGAGUUUUUCUACGAUGAAAUAGCUAAAACAAGUAACGGAACGACACCAACAAGCACAGUUCCCAAAGGCCAGAACAAUACAACAGCGCCCGUAAAACAUCGGUAUGAACCGGAAAAAAUCUACGAAAAGUUUGGUAGUCUCGAAAACGCCACCAUGCGAGUCAUUAUUCACGGAUUCGGAUCUAGCUGCACGCAUGUUUGGGUUUACGAAAUGCGAACGGCGCUGAUGGCAGUGGAAGAUUGCUUCGUACUCUGUAUGGACUGGGAAAACGGCGCGACAUUGCCGAACUACGUCCGAGCGGCGGCCAAUACGCGUCUGGUCGGCAGACAACUGGCGUACCUAUUCAAGGGAUUAGAAAAGCAUAAUAAUCUUAACAUGUCUCGAGUUCAUUUGAUCGGUUUCAGUUUAGGUUCACAUGUAGCUGGUUUUGCAGGCUCCGAGCUGAAAGAGUUGCAUCGAAUUACAGGCCUUGAUCCGGCCGGGCCACUCUUCGAAUCGCAACAUCCACACGCUCGGUUGGACGAUACGGAUGCUGGAUUCGUUGACGUGAUUCAUUCCAAUGGUGAAAAUCUCAUUCUCGGUGGGUUGGGAUCGUGGCAACCGAUGGGAUCGGUUGAUUUUUAUCCGAAUGGAGGAAGAGUCCAACAUGGUUGUUCUAAUUUGUUCGUUGGAGCGGUCACUGAUAUUAUAUGGGCCCCUCCAGCAUCCGUUGAAGGACGUUCGCUGUGUAAUCAUCGAAGAGCAUACAAAUUUUUCAUCGAUUCCGUCGCACCGAAAUGUCUGUUCCCGGCUUUCCCGUGCGAAAACUAUGAAAAUUACCUGAAAGGGGAUUGCUUUUCGUGCAACCGGAUGGAAAAUGGAACCGAGGUAUCCGUUUGCGGCAAUAUGGGCUAUUAUGCGGAUCGGUCCAUCGGACGUGGACAGCUCUAUCUGAAAACACGCGAGGAAGAACCCUUCUGUGCGCACCAAUAUAAGCUGCAAAUCCAGAGUUCCCCAAAUGAACUACCUCUGCGAACACUCGGUAGACUGGAAGUCGAGUUGGAAAGCGAUGGUGGCCUGACGGAAGUUUUCACCAUUACUGAAAAGGAUGAUGCAGAAAUAUUUGCUGGAGAAAUGAUCUCACAUAUUUUGGUACCCCACCCGGCGUUGGGUUUCCCCAAAAACAUCACUGUGACCUACGUCACCUACAAAGGGUGGCUGACGAGAGGCUUAUCGUCAUGGAGUGUCAACAAAAUUAUUCUGAGUGAUGGAUUCGGAAAAAGCUUUUCCAUUUGCAAGGAAAUACAUCUGGAUUCAAAUUCCCCGGUCCAUCUAACGUUGCUACCAGGUGAAUGUGAGGCAGAAAAUGAUUACAUUCACAACCAGACAGAUGAAAACCAUUCAACGGAUGCCCCGGAAGACAGUGAUGAAGGGAGUGACUACGACGAUUCAUCGAAAGGUCAAAGCAGUGAGCGAAACGACAUCAAUCCACAUUUCAACUCACAGCACAGUCUUCGGGGAAAGGUAACUACUGAACACGACAAAAAUCUUGACACUCAACCCUGGCAACCGAUAGUGAUCGACCUUCCGCGAAGCUACCGAAACACCGAUAGCAACAAUUCUUAUCCAAUCUAUGUUACUCCCACGGCAACGCUACCCACGACAAGUACAGAACGGUCUAUCAGUGAACCAGUAUUAAAGCGAGCUCAGCAUGAGCCCCGGAAAUUGUUGAACAAGACGAACGACCGAAGCAGCGAUAAACGCUCUAUCGAAACGCAGUCCAUUAAAGACCCCACAACUACGCCACUUCCUGAAAGCAAACUGAUCACCGUUCAACUGUUUCCAUACCGAUUUGCUAAUGUUUUUGAAAAAGCCGAAAGGUACGCAAGACUGACGUUAUUGCCAUUGCUGACGGAGCAAUUUCCGCAGUUUUUUAAGUCCAAAACAAACAGCAAAGAACUUUAUUCAUCGGAAAACCCAGAAUUCAACCAAACCGAGCCAGUUCCAACCAUCUUCAAAACCAACGCUACCGACAAAACCAUUGUAUCCGCUAGUCGACGAUCGGAUGUGAGGGUGGGCAAAACGAGCGAUCUGAAUGAACGGAGACACCUGAGGGCAGCCGACAAAAUCGAUGCACUACCACCGAGCACCCGGAAUGCCUUCAUCAGCGAGGAUGCGUUGUUUCAAAUACAUCACAUCGAACCAUCGAUCGCCACGACGGCUGUGGAUUCAUCCGUUGUUGAAACCGCCGAUGAGCUGAUUCGAAUCAACUUGCCCACUUACAAACCGCCAAAGUCGACGAAAAAGACGGCUGAGCAGCACCAAACGCGUUUUAUUCCGCUCAACUAUGACAGAAGUAAGGAGAGUGAGGUAUCGACUAGCAGAAGUAGCGUGAUGAUGGGUGAUACAAAACCAAAAGAUAGCAAAAGUUGAGGGAGAGAGAGAAAAAGGAUUGACAGUAUUUAAUAAUGUGUAAUUUAGAAGUAAGAGUUAAACUAUGAUUUAUUAUUAAAGAGACCAUACGUACCAGUAUAGGUUUUUUUUUGUAA